AUGAAGUGCCCCUACUGCGCCGCCACACAAGGCCGCUGCGCUACAACAUCCACAAACCGCUGCAUAACCGAAUGCACAUCUUGCGGCCGUGUAGUAGAGGAACGCCAAUUCCAACCUCACCAUCUCUUCCACCUCCGUGCACAAGACACCCCUCUUUGCCUCGUUACCUCCGAUCUCCCCACCCUUCACCAUCACCAAACUCAAACCCACCAAAACGAAGAAGACCCAUUUGAGCCCACAGGGUUUAUUACCUCCUUCUCCACUUGGUCUCUCGAAUCCAACCCAGUUUCCCUCCGUUCUUCUCUCUCUUUUUCCGGUCACCUUGCAGAACUUGAACGGACAAUUGAAUUAAGUGCUUCUACACCGGCUUCAAGUUCGAAUGUUGUGGUGGAUAAUUUGAGAGCGUACAUGCAGAUUAUUGAUGUGGCUUCGAUUUUGGGAUUGGAUUGUGAUAUAUCAGAUCAUGCGUUUCAGUUGUUUAGAGAUUGUUGUUCUGCUACUUGUUUGAGAAAUCGGAGUGUUGAGGCCCUUGCUACUGCUGCUCUUGUUCAGGCUAUUAGAGAAGCCCAAGAACCGAGAACCCUCCAGGAGAUCUCAAUCGCUGCCAAUGUGGCUCAGAAAGAGAUCGGGAAGUACAUCAAGAUACUAGGAGAAGCUUUGCAACUAAGUCAACCAAUUAAUAGUAAUUCAAUUUCGGUGCACAUGCCUAGAUUCUGCACUCUCCUCCAACUGAACAAAUCUGCCCAGGAACUGGCAACUCACAUUGGAGAAGUUGUUAUCAACAAAUGCUUCUGCACCCGUCGGAAUCCUAUUAGCAUCUCUGCAGCUGCUAUAUAUCUGGCAUGCCAACUGGAAGAUAAAAGAAAGACGCAGGCAGAGAUUUGUAAGGUGACAGGUCUCACAGAAGUCACCCUCCGUAAAGUCUACAAGGAACUUUUGGAGAAUUGGGAUGAUCUGCUUCCAAAAAAUUAUACUCCUGCUGUCCCUCCUGAGAAAGCAUUUCCAACAACUACAAUUGCAACAGGCCGUUCUUCUGCACCUAAAGUUGAUCCAGUUGAAUUAAUAGCUUUGUCUUCCGACAAAGAUAAACAACUAGAUAGUAAAUCAAAUAAGCCAAGCGAGUUGGCCAGAGGCAAAGAGGAUGCUGAAAAUGCUGGUAAUUCUCGUGGGCUCCGUCUGCCUCCAUGGCAGAAUUUCAGGCAGCCCUGGCUUCAGUUAGUAUCUUCUGGAGUUCGGUCGGUGGGAGAUACAAAUCAGAAUGUAGUUCGAGUGGAUAUCAAUGAGUCGCAGCCUAGUCGUCAAGAGUUAGAAGAGAAGGCAGACAAGCAGGACACGGAUAAAGAUCCAACAGCUUCAACAAGGCCAAACCAAUUAUCUAAUUCCCCAGCUUCAGGUGCAAGUACAAUCUCCUGGUCAUUUCAGUCCACACCUUCAUCAGGGCCUUCUCCAAUAGUGCAGCCACCACCCAAGCUAGCACCAGGUUAUGCUGAGCUUAAAGGUGUUGGCAGUCAAAAUGGAGGUAAAAUUGGCAAUAACGGUGGAGAUAACAAGUAG